UCCAUUGUGGUGUUGAAGACGAGUGAGCUACAGAUAGACGAGAGAAAAUAAUGCUCCGUUAUUUUAACCGAGGAGAGCCCGAACCUUAUCGGAUGUACAUGGAUACCAAUGCACAAUAUCGAUAUAUUUAUUUGUGAUAAUAAUCGCAGCAUUCAAUCGGAAAUAUCCGGUAGAUGAAGAGUUAAGAGCCGACAUCACAACUGUUUAUUUCACAAGCUAGGCUAACUGGCUAGUUUGAAUAGGAGCUAGGAAUUGAAUCGGAGAGCUCGUUUGAGUUUUCUUGAUAAGGGAUAUUAAUCGUGCUGUGGGAUACACGCUUCUUUUGUCUUUUGAUUUUGCCGCUUGUGAUACAAAGUAACCAUCCCUCGCCUCGUAAGUAGACGCAACUUUAAAGAAUGAGACAAGUCAGCACCAAGCAUUGCACGGAAACGGAGUGAAGAAAGUCACACAGCAGAUUUGGAGCCUGCUUGUCGAGGGUUCCAGAGACAGACCAAGGGGGGAACAUGACUCACAGGCCUUUGCCAGAACCUGGCACAGGGCCCCUGUGCCAACCUAGGCCCUGCCAGUCGCUCCUCUAAGACGCCACCCCUUCCCCCUCCCCCCCAGUUCAUCAUGAUGGAAAAGAAGUGAGGCUGUAGCCCCCCCCCUCCCCAACCAACUGCUCUCAACACUACUACCCCCCUCACCCUAAAUUACCUUCCCCUCCCCCCACCCUUUCCCCUAAACAUGCUGCGUUUCCUGCCUCUCAAGCUGGGCCGCCUCUACCGCUGUCUGAAGCUCCUGUUGGUGGUGGGGCUGUUUGUGGUCCUGCUCAUGAACACCCACAGCCUGUUUGCCUCCUUCCAGAAGAACGAGCUCACCGACCGGCGCUUCAUCAAUCUCAACAAGUGCCCGGCGUGCUUCGGCACCAGCUGGUGCCGCAAGUUCAUGAACGGCCAGGUGUCCUUCGAGACCUGGGGCCGCCUCCGAUUCCUGGACGUCUUCAACGUCAAGAACGUUUACUUUGCCCAGUACGGCGAGCCGCGCGAGGGAACGCGCCGCGUGGUGCUCAAACGCCUGGGCUCCAACCAGGAGCUGGCUGACAUCGACCAGAAGAUCUGCAAACGGGCCACGGGCCGGCCGCGAUGCGACCUCAUACAGGCCAUGUACAAGACAGAGUUUGCCCGGCUCAACGGCGACGUGAGACUCCUAACUCCGGAUGUAGUGGAGGGAUGGUCGGACCUGGUGCACUGCCCCUCCCAGAGGCUGCUGGACCGGGUGGUGAGGCGCUACGCUGAGACCAAAGACUCGGGCAGCUUCUUGCUGAAGAACCUCAAGGACACAGAGAGGAUGCAGCUGCUCAUGACCCUGGCUUUCAACCCGGAGCCGCUGGUUCUACAGAGUUUUCCGUCUGACGAGGGCUGGCCUUUCGCCAAGUACCUGGGAGCGUGCGGGCGCGUGGUGGCGGUCAACUACGUCGGUGAGGAGCUGUGGAGCUUCUACAAUGCCCCCUGGGAGAAGAGGGUGGACCUGGCACGCCAGCUGAUGGACAUCGCCGAGCAGCUGACCAACAACGACUUUGAGUUCGCCCUCUACCUGCUGGACGUCAGCUUUGACAACUUUGCGGUGGGGCCCCGGGAUGGCAAGGUCAUUGUGGUGGACGCCGAGAACGUUCUGGUGGCCGACAAGAGGCUGAUCAAACAGAACAAGCCGGAGAGCUAUGACGUGUGGUACGAGAGCCGCUUCGAGGACUGCGACAAGGAGGCAUGCCUGUCCUUCUCCAAGGAGUCGCUGUGCUCGCGCGUCACCGUCGACCACAACUACUACGCCGUGUGCCAGAACCUUCUGUCGCGCUACGCUACCUGGAGAGGCACGACCGGCGGCCUCCUCCACGACCCCCCUGCCCACGUAGCCAAAGAUGGCCAGCUGGAGGCCCUGUUGGACGAGUGCACCAACCCCAAAAAGCGCUAUGGACGUUUCCAGGCGGCCAAGGAACUGCGCGAGUACCUCACCCAGCUAGCCGCUAGCUUGUCGGCUACCGCUAGGUAAUGAACGGAGUUAGCGUUAGCCUGGAGUUUCAAUCCACUGACCCCUUGACUGAGAUUUGAACCCUGCCUCCCCCCACUGUCCUAUCAGGAGGAAUUCCUACCCAUUUGCACGGCCGCAAUGUUUGAGAACUGCACCAGGAGAACAGUUUUCGUUGUUUCACCUCUGGUUUACAUGCUCUAGACUUUGAUUUCAUGGCUGCACGUGAAUAAGAGGACUAAGAGGACUAUCCCUGCUCCAGAGGCAGGUUUGUAGCCCUUGGAGUGAGGGGGUACGUAGAGUUACAGAGGAGCUCCUCACAGAGCUUUGACACUAGGCGAGGCUAGGCUAACGUAUCAGUGGGUGUCCAAAACGUCAGCUCAGACAGUUUCACUGCCUCAUGCCUCUGCUUGCUCAACCAGUCAUCAGUCUGCCGGCCCAGUCUGUCUCUUUCUGGAAUUCACAUUUGUUUUAGACAUUGGAAUCUUUACACCUUGUAAAUGAUUGUUUCUUUUUUUUGUCCCAUAUUUCUUGUGCUUUUUGUUGGAGGGGUCAGAUCGUCGAAGGCUCACAUUCGCAUCCGGCAGUGGUGUUUUCUGAGGGGGCGCUGCAAGGGAAGGUAGCUGAAAUCUGCUGCAGUCGGCCAGCUGUAAACGUCUGGUCGCAGCAGGGAGGAGGGAAAUGGGGAGAGAAAGAGAGAGACGGUAACAGUGUCACGCCGUAACGAGAAAAACCCUUGACUGCGAUAAAAGUCCUACUUCCUGGUACUCUAAUCAAUCACUCGAUUUUCCAGUUCCCCUGGAGUCUGGCAAUCAGUGUUUUUAUACACGAGGUUAGAGAAAGAAAGAUGGAGACAGAGAGAGACAGGGAUAACAAGUGUAGUACCAGAGACAGAGCAAGCGAGAGUUGUACAUAGGAUAACAGAAAAGGAACGAUGAUUGGACUGUGGUGGUCCAACAAUGCAGAUGCGCAUAUACCAAAGAGGCUAUAUGUUACUCUAAGGAACCUUACCCUAUUUUGCCCUACCUUCCCAUCCCCCUUCCCCUCCUUCUCCCUGUGCUGAAAAGCAGACACUCAUCCCUCCAGUUAUGCGACACUAGAGAUGCCCAAAGGAGCCCCAGUGUGAACACAAUCUGCAAUGGAAAUCAAUAGGAAUGUCAGUACAGUAGGGCCCUCAAAUACUGGCCAGCCUUGGAAGUAUUAAGCAAAAACCCAAGGCUUCUUUCCCAAAAUAUUCCUUAAUCCAGAUUGGCUUUGGCAAAAAAUGUAAACCAAAUCGAACUGAUCCUAUGUUUUGUCAGGUUGUCAAUUUAUUUUGAUUGUAUUUUCUAAUUCGGUGAAUAUUUUGGGGAAACUAAUUCCAGGUUUUGCCAAGAUGAAUCUGGGCCAUGUCUCAAUACUUUCAAGGAGCAUCUUUGCCUGUGUGCUAUCCUGCGCUAACACGGAUUGUCACUAAUUGAUUCAUUGUAUGAUAAGGUAAAACAAUUGAAGAGGAUUAGAUAAUUGGAUGGACAAAUAGACUAUUACUCUGAAUAAGAUUGAAGAAAUUGCAUUUUCCAGUCAUCAGUGGAUUGGAGUGGAGGAAACACUGAAAGGAAGUCUUUGUCUGAGACCUGGCCUGGGUUGUGCAUUGCCAUUGCAGUGUUCCGCAGUGCCAGAGUCUCUUAAUUGUCUGUAAUUGAUAAAUGACUCACAUUGUCUCAUUCUCCCAUAGGGGUUUCCAGUUACUGCUAACAACUGUUUAAAAAGGGAAUGUGUGUAUCCUGAAUGAAUAUGGGUUAUUUUCCCCCCCUUCCUUUCUCUGGCACGGGAUAUCCGGCCCUUGCAUUUUCAUUUGAACAGAUCUGGAAUAUUUAGUUAAAUAAAAAAUAAGAUGUCCUCACAGCUCAGCAUCACUUUGGGCAAUCAAGCUUUAAGUGUGCUAUGUUUUUUAAUCUGCAGCAAAUGAUUUUACACUUGGCGAACCAAUAAAUUAAAGCAUAAUCACAAUAUACGCUCAUUCGGUAAUGGAUUGCGAGCAAUCUAACUCAAACUUUUACCACAUGGCCGUAUAUUUGUUUAGCCAAUUUCACCCAUCGCUGUGCUGUAGACCAGAAGGUAUACAAUGGAGUGCUAUGCACUAAACCCAUUCAAGGAACAUAGACAGAUAAUCAUUUCAGAUCGAUACAAACCGUCUUACCCAAUAAAGAUUUAGGAGAAAGGAAGCAAAUACAGAUGUUGCCUAUUUUGCAAAGUCAUGGGGAGUUGAAAAUAGACCCUAUUUGUUGGGAAAAGCAAUAAAGAUUUGUUAUUGGGUAUUACUGGCAGUUAUUAUUAUUUUAUUUUUUUGAAUCUCCUUUGUUGUAUCAGGUAUUUCUGUUGUGUUCUGUUAUAUUCCCUAGUCUCAAAGUACACCACUCCCCAUCUGGUUCACUAGUUGGAGAGAUUUGUAUGUGCGUAAAUAACUGUCCGCUUUUGUACUGUAAUUUUUUCAUUUGAGUAUUAUAUCAGCAUUGUCUGAUUUUACUGUGCCUUUCAUUCAAAAGUUGUAUUGACAACUUUUUAGUGGGUUUAAAUAAAAUAUAUGAAGAUAUAUAUAUAUAUAUAUACUUCCCCAGUGCACUUUGUUUUUUAGUUUUUUUCUGUGUUGGUGACUUCAAUUUACAUUAAACUUACUCUACCCGAGUGUCU